AUGGAGAACUCCGAUUCAACUCCGUCCGUGGCUCCAGCCGCUCUCCCUCUGAAGCAAGAGAAUGUAGCACCGAUCACUUCUAAGAUUGCGGAACUGGCUGAGUCAAGGAAGGAACUUCUCGGCAGAAUACAGAAUCUGAAACAGGACCUGCAAAAUUGGAGAAUGAAGUUGGACACUCAGGUCAAGGUUUACCAUGAUGAGCUGUCCGAGCUCAAGAAAUCACUUAAUACCGAAGUGGAACAACUCCGGACAGAAUUUCGAGAGCUGAGGACGACUCUCCAACAGCAGCAGGAAGAUGUCUCGUCCAACCUUAAAAGUUUAGGGCUGCAAGAUGAUUUGGGAGAACCGAAAGGGGUCGAGAUUUUAAAAGAUGUGGAGAAUGGUAAGGAGAUAACCCAUGAUCUGCCAAAAGGGGGUAAUGGAAAAGAAAUUUAA